UUUUUUUGUCAUUUGUAAAUCUGUGUUUUUCAUAUCAUGGUGUGUUUAUUGAUUGAUUGAAAAUUUCUUUUUUCCAAAAACAAAAUAAAUGAUGAUCUUCCAAUUGAAAUUUCUCUUACUUUUGAUCAAUUUUUUCACAACGAUCUCAGCCAAUCAUGGUGUUAAUGAUGAACAUUUUGAUGAACAGCUCAUCAUACGAUCAUUGAAUGAUGGCCAAAUUUCGGCUCAUUUUGAAUUUAAAACAUUCAUCACUGCUAAUCUCUCACAUCCAUUUGGUGUAAAUGCUGGCAAACAUAAUGACAUUUUUCCAUUAUCAUUAUUACGUCUAUUUCAUCAGCUUGAAAUUCAAGAAUUACAUUUCAGUCUAACAAAAGGUUAUUGGAAAUAUGAUCGUUGGGGAUUGCCUGCACGUGAUACAUCACCAAACGCUCAUCUUUGGGCAUGGUUUUCGGCUUAUUUGAAUUCAAAAAAUAAUUGGAAUAAAUUAACUAGUCUACUUUCUGGCCAAUUCUGUGCAUCCAUAAAUCUAAUCAAUCCAACUGUCACCAUCAGGCCAAAAAUUUCGUAUCGUCCAUUUCUGAAAUUGAAACCAAUUGAAGAUGAAAAUAUUGAUCAUGAUUAUGGUUAUAUGGCAUCAUUACCACAGGAAGCUAUUUGUACAGAAAAUCUUACACCAUUCACUAAAAUGCUUCCAUGUCAACGUAACAAAGGUUUAGCCACAUUACUACAUGCAACAAAUAUUUUUGAUACCGAAUUUUUUUCACAAUCAAUUGAUUUUCAUUUCUCUUGUUUGGAUAUUAAUCAUUGUUCAUCAACCAACGGUAUUGAACUUCGACAAAAUAUUCUCAUUGUAUUCAAUGCACCAUUAGUGUUGGAUGGUAAAUAUAGUUGGACAUUGAAUUCAUUGUUUGGUUCAUCAUUAGAUAGUCAUUGUCCACUUGCUAGUACAAGUCUAAUUUAUGUUGACAUUACACCAUUGAAUCAUAAUCCAUCAUCAAAUGGACAGCUUCUUAUUGAACCAUCAAGAUUUAUAAGUAUCGAUUCUGAUAAAUAUGGAUCAAUUGUUAUUGAACAAUCACCAAUCAUGAUCAAAGAAAAACAACAACGGCUAUAUGCUGAAUAUGAUUUGAAAUCAAUAAUAAAAUCAGAAUCGGCUGAAUCAAUAUCGAAAACUGGAUUAAAUAUUGGAAUACAAUAUCCAAAUUCAUAUGAUGGAAAAUUAAAUUAUCCAAUUGAUUAUCAAAAUUUACAGGUUCGAAGAUUUUCACGUGGUGUUGGUGUUCAAACUGGUGGUAUUACCGUACUGCUUACGAAUCGUUUUCAAUUUAGUAUUGAUGCCAUCUAUACAGAUACAAUACCAUGGUAUCUACGAAUGUAUCUGCAUACAAUGAACAUCGAAUCACGAUCAUUGGAUGGAUCCAAAUUGAUGAAAGAAAUUCAGCCCAAAAAAUUACAUUAUGAACCAGCACAGGAUCGUAUACGUCCACAUCAACUUGAAGUGCAACUAAAUCUUCCACCAAAUUCAUUAACUGAAAUUCGUUUUGAAUUUGAUCAUCAAUUUUUACGUUGGACAGAAUUUCCACCGGAUCCAAAUCAUGGUCUUUAUAUAAAUCCAGCAACGGUUACAUUUUUAUUCGCCGAUAGCAAUAAUCAUCAAUUAUCAGAUCCUGGCCGUACGUAUGAACGAUUUUUGCCACAAAUAUUUCAUUCAUAUUUCAACAAUUCCAAUUCAUUUGCUGCUGCUUCUGCAACAAUGGCACUAUUACGACAAAAUCAUCCAAUACGUUUAUAUACUGAACCGUUGAUUAUAAUGAUGCCUACACCGGAUUUCAGUAUGCCUUAUAAUGUCAUUUGUCUUGUAUCAACGGCAUUAUCGAUUGCAUUUGGACCAAUCUAUAAUCUAACCACACGUAAAGUGAUGAAUACACAAAUGAAACAUGGUAAAGCACAGAAGACUAAAAAACGUUUCUUUUUCUUUUAAAUGUUCUUGAAAAUCAACUUUUGUAUUUCUUUUUUUUUCAUCUUCUCAUUUAUUAUAAUAAAAAUUAAUAAAAAAAAUUAUAAAAUGAUCAAAAAAA